UUUUAAAAUACUGCUUUUCAUAUUCCAAUAUGCCAUUACAUUCCGAUGUAGCUCUGUUAUUUCAAGACUCUAUAUUCAAACUCUUGAUAAAGUUACUAAAAUAAAGCCAGGUCAAACGUGUGAGUAUCACUAUUAAGGCUAAGUUUACAAUGCUUCACUCCUACUAUUCAAAUGCAUCUUAUAGUAAAAUAUAUAGAGAAAUCUUGGGUAAAUUUUUCAUGAAAUAGAAUACCUUUUAGUCAAGGAUAUGGACUAUAGUUAUAUUUUUAUAUAAUGGUAUUUUAAAAGACAACCCAAAUGCCAUGCAAAUUUUCUCAAACGUUUCAUCUUUAUUUUACUCAAUAAAUAAAUUGGUAAGAAUUUUAGUUAAGCAUCUUAUCUGAUAAUUUUGUUGGAACCGUGCUAGUUUCACAUCCAUAAAUGCUGUUCUCUUCCAUAGUUAAAAAUCAGUAGGCACCGAAUCUAAACUGCAGGUUUUCAGACACAAUAAUAUUUGAAAACUUUUGUUUUAAUUAAGCAAGCCCUUUUAAUAAUUACUCCUUUAAUAAGUGCCCUUGGUAAGCCUCUAGCAUCAUAUUAUGUAACUCCUUAUUGUCUGCAACGUUAAGUUUUACACAUACGUGUAAUUCCCGAACAGAUGAGUGUAAUAACUUCUGAAAGAGGCACAUUAGUUGGGUUUUUCUUACUCGCUGCAAUAAUAAAAUUGGACUCUAGGCGCCGCUGUUCACUAAUCAGGGAAUGGAAAGCUGCGCACUUCAGAGUCCCUCCCUCCGCCUCUACAGCAGAGCAGCGCGAGGACACUCACAGAUCCUGAUGCUGGAAACUUAAGAGUACUUUUCUUCGAUCUCCAACAUGUUUGGAUGCAAUCGGCCCGGAACUUCGUGGGUACAUAAACUGAUUUAGAACAGAACGGCUUGAGAAAUCGCGGAAUACAGGCUCAGCCACUGCCAUGGCAUAUCGGCUCCUGCGCCUGGACUGCCGCGGGCUGGUCCUGUUUUACAUUUUCCUGGGGACGCUGCGGGAGUCUGGGGCCGGGCAGAUCCGAUACUCGGUUCCUGAAGAGACAGACAAAGGCUUCUUCGUGGGCAAUAUUUCCAAGGACUUGGGGCUGGAACCGUGGGAACUGGCGGAACGCCGAGUCCGCAUCAUCUCUAGAGGAAAAACGCAGCUUUUCGCUCUGAAUCAGCGAAGUGGCAGUUUGAUCACCGCAGGCAGAAUAGACCGGGAGGAGCUCUGUGACACAGUGUCUUCCUGUUUUUUAAAUAUGGAAGUACUCGUGGAAGAUACCCUGAAGAUUUACGGAUUGGAGGUAGAAAUACUGGAUAUUAAUGAUAAUGCCCCCAGCUUCCAGGAGGAGGAGGUAGAGAUAAAAGUCAGUGAGCAUGUAACUCCGGGAUGGCGGUUUCCCCUUCCUAAAGCUAGGGACCCAGAUGUGGGAGUGAACUCCCUCCAGCGCUACCAGCUCAACCCUAACAGUUACUUUUCCUUGCAAAUGCGAGGAGGAGCAGAUGGAGCUAAGAAUCCGGAGCUAGUGCUGGAGGGGAGCCUGGACCGGGAGAAGGAGGCUGCUCACCGUCUCCUCCUCACUGCCAUAGAUGGAGGCGAUCCCAUCCGCCAGGGUGCUGUUCCCAUUCGCGUGGUGGUUCUCGACGUAAAUGACCAUAUCCCAAAGUUUACACAGCCUGUAUAUGGAGUGAGUGUCCCAGAAAACCUCAGCUCUGGGACUCGGGUGCUCGUGGUAAAAGCAACGGAUCCCGAUGAAGGACUCAAUGGGGAAGUUGCAUAUUCUUUCCGAAACAUGGAAAGCAAAGCUUCUGAAAUAUUCCAAUUGGAUUCUCGAACUGGAGAAGUCUUAAUACAGGGGUCUUUGGAUUUUGAGAAAUGUAGAUUCUAUGAGAUGGAAAUUCAAAGCCAAGAUGGUGGAGGUCUCUCAACCACUGCUAAGAUCUUAAUCACAGUUCUGGAUGUGAAUGAUAAUGUUCCAGAAAUAACUAUCACAUCUUCUACUAAUUCAGUGCCAGAAAAUUCUCCUCCAGGCACAGUAAUUGCUCUUCUAAAUGUGCAAGAUCAAGACUCUGGAGAAAAUGGCCAAGUCUCCUGUUUUAUUCCUAACGAUCUGCCUUUUAAAUUAGAAAAGACUUAUGGAAAUUAUUAUAAGCUGUUAACCAACAGAGUGUUGGACAGAGAGCAGGUCCAGAGCUACAAUGUAACACUGACAGCCACUGAUCAGGGAAGUCCUCCCUUGUCUGCAGAAACUCAGAUUGCAUUGAAUGUAGCAGAUGAUAACGAUAACCCACCCACUUUUGCUCACUCCUCUUACUCUGCUUAUAUUCGUGAAAACAAUCCCAGAGGAGCCUCCUUCUUCUCAGUGACUGCACUUGACCUGGACAGCAAAGAGAAUGCACAGGUCACUUACUCCCUGGCUGAGGACACCGUCCAGGGAGUACCUCUAUCCUCCUAUAUCUCCAUCAACUCUAAUAGUGGAGUCCUGCAUGCACUGCACUCCUUCGACUAUGAACAGUUCCAUGACCUGCAGCUGUGGGUAACCGCACUGGAC